AUGGCGCCGCCUCUCUCAUGGCGCCCCUCUUUCUUCUACCCUGACAAAACCCUAAUCCCACCACCACCACCACAACCACUCACGUCUCCUCCUCACUCCACCAUCACCAACAUCUCCUCCCUCUCCUUCCCCGCCCCACACCUGCUCCCUCUGCGCCACCCACUCACCACGCCCCCCUCCGCCAUUAACGCCGCCUCUCCUCCUCUCCCUCUCUCUCCCCACCACCUACUCCUCCACCACCUCGCUCUCGACGACGGCGAAGCCGCCGCCCUACUCCGCAACCACCCCGAGCUCGAAUCCGCCUCCCCCGACGCCCUCCGCCGCCGCCUCCUCGCCCUCCGCUCCGCCGAAGCCCCCGGCCUCAGCCCCGCGAAACUCUCGCAGCUUCUCGCCGCCGCCGAUUCCGAACUCCUCCCGAGCUUCGUCGCCGGGGUCAACCUCUUAAAGGAUCACGGAAUCCCUAGAGAGGAACUGGUCCAUGUGCUCAACAAUGUGAACGCCCACAAGGUGUUCGGCGAAAAGCCGCUUAGAGAAUUGGAGGUGAUGAUCCUUUACUUAAAACGCUACGGAUGGCCGGAGCUCGUGAUCCGCCGGCCGAGCCUAUUAAAUCUCGAUUUGGAAACCCAGCUGGUCCCGAGAGUUGAGUUUUUGAUAAACCUCGGCCGCGGGGACGAGCCGGCUGCCGCAUUCCUGAUCCGGAAACUGCCCGCAAUCUUAUCCUACACCGCCGACCACUUCCGGUCCCACCUCCGCUUCUGGCAAUCCGUCGGCCUGACCGACGAAGAGCUCUUUAAGAUCGCGCUUGUCUACCCCAACAUCUUCAGCAUCGGCAUUGAGACGAAGCUGAGGCCGCGAGUCGAAUUGCUUCGCCAAUGCGGUUUGGACGCCGAGGGCAUGUUCAAAUUCUUGAUCAAGGCGCCAUUGUUCCUCAGCCUCUCUUUCAGGGAGAAUCUCGCGAAGAAGCUCGCAUUCCUCGUGAAGAUCGGGCACAGGCAUCGGACCAGAGAGCUGGCCUCGGCUUUGGGGGCGAGCACGCGGACGAGCUGCGAGAACAUGCAGAGGGUGGUCGAGUUGUUCUUCCGGUACGGGCUGUCGUGCGCGGACGUGCUGGUGAUGAGCAAGAAGCACCCGCAGGUGCUGCAGUAUAACCACGCGUCGCUGGAGAAGAAGAUGGAGUUCUUAGUGGAGGGGAUGGAGCGGGAGAUCGGCGAGCUGCUCAUGUUCCCGGCCUUUCUCGGCUACAACUUGGACGACCGGAUCAAGUUGCGGUACGAGAUGAAGAAGGAUGUGAGAGGGAAAGGGAUGUCACUCAACAAGCUCCUUAGUGUAGCCUCAGAUAAAUUUCACUUGCAGAAAAGCACUUCUGAGAUCGGUUCAAAUUUGUAAAUUUCGAUCCAACAAGAGAACAGGAGUUUUAUCUACAAGGGACUGUACACUAUGUGCUCAGUAUGAUCUCCACUGUAUCUAGUAUUCACAUUGUCGAUGAAAUUAAACAACAUGUAGUUCCUGCUAGUUCCUAGCCUGCUUUGUACCCGCCAUGUUUGGAAUUCAAACAGAUUCGUGUCUCAUGCGCAGCAUUGCUCUGCAAA